UUUCACAUGCAGCCUAACUUUCUCAUAAAGCUUGUCUGACUGAACUGCUGCAGCUGUAAUGUUUCUCUCUGUUUCUGCAGCAGUACCUGCACCAUGAGAGACACUAAGUGAAAUAUCAAUCACAGGUCUCGGUGCACAGCUGGCUUUAGUGUCCACCGAGUCAGGAUGUCUGAAUUGUUUUCAAUCAACAGGUGUGUCACACAGGUGAGCUUAUCUCCCACUUCUUUGACUGGCAGGUGGCCAGGAGUUGCGUGCUCCAUUGACUCCUCAUUUCUCAUCCUCCUCUCCUGUGAGGUAAACUUUGAGGUUUUCCCGUCGGGACGGUGAAUUUCAGCACAGAGAGAGCCCGACUCUCCGCUCUGGGAGGAAACUCUGCAGCAGUCCUCAUUAAAAUUCCCUGUCCGUACACUCGCCACAGAAAUCCUCCUGUAGUGGGUGGCACCGGCGUCCUGCGCGCCUCUUAAUUGCGCACCACGCAUUAACGAGCGAUCACGGUUUCAGCGCCAGUGGCCGCGGAUCACGCUGCCGUGCGGCAGAGAGUUGUUUGCUUCACGUCCCGAUAUUUGCGGCGUCUAGGCUGAGAGAGGAAAGGUGAGUCCAGGAAGGUCCGGCAUAGGGUGGCGCCCUGCGCAUCUCAUCCCGCGCUUGGACACACUGUGUCGCUUCCCAGCGGCCGCGGAGGGGGACAGUCCGCUCCUGCAGUCCGCUGCUUGUUCUUAACUGGCUUCUGGUUGCAGCUCAUGAUUGUGACAUUUCUCGGUGGGGACUAGCAACAUGUGCGCCCGGAUGGUGUGAAGUGUGACACAGCGGCUUUGAGGUUGCAUUUCUCUCGGAUACGCCAAGUACCCGACGUUACGGCGCACCUUGUCUAAUAGAGAACCAUGAGCACUGUGGAGGAGGAGCCGGAUCACAUGAUACCAUGAAGACGAGCCUGCAGGUCCUGCGCUGCCAGCUGCUGAGUGUUCUAGCAUUCCUAGCACUGCUAGUAGGACUGGUGUCAUCAGCACAGGAGCUGUACCUCGGCCAGACGUCCCAGGACUCUGUCUCCAUGGCAGCCGCCCACAGCAACCCCCUGUCACCCCCCGAACCCCCGCACCUGAACUGGCAUCAGGAAGGCUCCAGUAGUGGGGAGUGGUCAUCCAAAGGUGGCGCUCAACCCACAAACAUCAUCCUCCCUACUGUCGCCUUCCACACGUCAGCCUGGCUUCACACCACCCAAACCUCCAGCCUGGCCCAUGAAGAUCCUCCUAUUCAUGACACAAAUAGUGUCGCCCUGAACACUGUGAGCACUGAAAGCUGGGUUAAUCAGCCCCAGGAGCCGAGCUCUGAUAUUGUAAACCAAGGCCACAUGCACAAAUUGGUCAGGGUACCUCAAGUCCAUAACCCAGUUACAGUCAGCACUAACCAGGCCAGCAGCAGCAGCCCUAAAUUUCUCAGCACAGUGGUCCCAAAUAUAGAUGUAGAAUCUACUGGCAGAGGUGCUCCAAACCCCCUGGCUCUUAUGUCCAGCUCUGGAUCAGACAGAGGAGAUACGCUCGCCGCACACCAUGUAGAGCCUCAGAAGUUGAGCGUGGAGGAACCCACUAACCCCAGCCACCAUGUUCCAGAUCUGCACCCCUCCUCACUGUCCCUUUCAUCAAUAGAUGAUGACCCUGCGCUUGGCCUGAAACUCAGAGAGCAUGCUCAGGGUGUCGCAGAGGUGGCUGCACACCACGCCAUCACCCUGAGGGAGGUGCAUGAGGCAAACGAGACCCCCACUGAUGGACUGGUGGUAGACCCAGAGGCAAGGUCUGUCUCCCCAGUCGAGAGCCCACCAGAGAAUCUAACUUCCACUGCGUCCACUCCAGCCCUGUCCACUGCGCCGAGCCUCAAAACACAGAUUCCCACAGUCGGCCCAGACAACCACACUGCUCCCAGUGAGACCACCACUGAGGAGGGGCAUGGUCAGGUUGUUCGAGGUAACGGCACAGACAAUCCCCCUCUGGGACGCUCGUUGGGGAAUGUAACUACAUCUGGAGGGCUGCUGUCUAACAGCAGUUCAGUCGAGGAGCCCCCUGCUCGGGGGAACAGUUCGGAGGCCCCUUCCACAGCCAGCAGGAACUUCCUGAACAGGCAGGUGCCUCCCACCACCCAGGAGCCCUGGACACCCAGCAACAGCUCAGGCCCCACCGUUGACUCCCCGCCGUCCCGCAUGACCAUCUGCUUGAGCAAGAUGGACAUUGUGUGGAUUGUGCUGGCCAUCAGCGUGCCUGUGUCCUCGUGUUCUGUGCUGUUGACCGUGUGCUGUAUGAGGAGGAAGAAGAAGUCGUCAAGUCAGGAGAACAACCUCAGCUAUUGGAACAACGCCAUCACCAUGGACUACUUCAGCAGGCACGCUGUGGAGCUGCCCAGAGAGAUACACACUCUGGAGAGCGAGGAGCAUGACACCUGUCUACCCCCUAAUGGAGACUACAGUGGCAGCAGUGUGGUCCUGGUUAACCCUUUCUGCCAGGAGACCCUCUUCAUCAACAGAGACAAAGCUUCUGCCAUCUAGAGACAGAAAACGAGAGACACUGUUGGAUUCUUCUCUCCUACUCCCCCUGCUGUUGUUGUCUAUUUUAUAUAUGUGGUAAAUAUUCAGAGACUUUGACUUUAUACUGUAUAUUAUAAACACAAAGAGCAACCUGAAAGGAGAGUGAUGUAAACAGACACUAUUUACUAUGAGGAUGCACCUGCAUAUUUUUCUGAUGUACAUUUUCUACAAAAAAGGCUUAAUUGUGAUAAAAGGUUUUUAUUGUCUUUAUAAAAUACAGAGUAUAUGUGGUUUUGUUUCUUUACAGUGGCUUGAUGGUGAGUGCACUGUGGAUGUUGCCACACGAAAUCUGCUUUAGAGAGAGAAACGUGCUAUCGAAGCAUUUAAGCUGUUCUUUGUAAUUUUAUUUUUCCUUUUAAAAUCAAUCCCAAAAUACUUAUAGCCUGUUGAACUUGAAUAUAGCACCUAAAAUAUGUACUUGCAAAAUACUGUAUAUGAAAUCAGGGUCUGUAUUUAUCAAACUUCUAAGAAAGCUACGAAUGCCAUCAAGUUUGAGAACUGAAAUGUGAGAGUGAUAACCGUCAUGGACAACUCUCAAUUGAUCACAUGAUUAAUUGUAUGUAUGCUCAGGGCAGGAUUGGCCAAUCGGAGACAAGGAUUUAACCUACAUCUGCCCCAUUGUUCAUUCUUUAGAAAACAUCCUUAUAUUUUCCUCAAUGAUAUAUUAGUAUGCAUAUGUGAUAUUGAUUUUUUUUAAAGUUCUUUUUCUUUGUGUAAAAUCCUUUUUAGUAUCUCCAGUAGCAAUUAAAAUCUGAAGGACAAUAUUCUCAUAUUUUUAUAAUAUACAAUAUUUUUUAUAUAAUAAUAAUGAUAUGUAAUAAUAUAUUUUAUUUAUAGAGCGACAGAAAAGAACAAAAAAUAAAAUCUGAAAUUAAAAGCAGGUUGAAAAAGGUUACAAGUACAGGAUAUACUGUAUAUGUACUGUGUAUAAGGAUUAGAUAAUAGGAUAUGGGAUGAAAUAUAAACAAAAAGAUAACAACUGGAGGAAGAAAGAAAUGUGCUGAUGCUAGAGAAGGUACAUAAGAGACAACAUAAUAUAAUAAGAAUAAUUUAGUACCACACUAACAAGUGCAGACAAUGAAGAUGCAUGGAAAGUGGCUGCAAAACAAUAUGAGAGCCAGUUUGUUGUUUGCAUCCUAUCAUAUGCAAAUGGUAGUCUAAACCUACCUGAUUAUGACUUAGAGUUAGCAUAUUUUUCAUCAUGGAUGAUGAUAUUGUCACUUUAAAACACGACACAGAAGGUGUGUGUUAAGCUGCGUCUCUGUACUGAAAUUUUCUAGGCUGAAGGUCACCUCUUUUAUCCAAUUUAAAAGGACCUCUCUUUAAGUUAAGAGCAUUUUAAGUCAUAAAAUAACUGAUUAAUUGGUUUUAUUGUUAAGUUUGAAAGAAGGAGUAAAAGUGAAGGACUUUAAGUUUUAUUUCUCAGCAGUUUGAUAAAUACGAGCCCAGAUUUUAAUGGUUAAUUGGAGUGGACUAUUUGGAUGAUAUGGGGUCUACAUCUUGCAGUUAUGAAUGAUGGUGCAUCUGUCAGUCAAAUGGAGCUGACUUAAAAUGGCUUUCGCCCUCAUGUGUCACCAGCUUCUCUUAGGAGGGACCACAUAGAUGUCUUAAUUCUUUAUGUUGGCCCUUUAUAUAUCAGUAUGUGUAUGUGUGAAUGUCUCGUUCAUGCAUGUAAGCAUACUGUGUGAGUGUGCAGUAGCGUGUGUAAGGGUGGACGAAUGAGUUGAAACGUGCUGCCCCCUUAACCAAAUAUCACUGUUACUUUAAGUCAAACAAGACUUUGUAUCACUUUCAGCGUUUGAUCUGUUUCUCGGUGUGUGUCUGUUUGUGUGUGUGACCCUGUAUGUUUGUCUUUCUGUCUGUCUGUCUCUUGUCUGUAUCGUGGAGUGGCUACUGGUUAUAGCCCAGUUUGAGAAAGAUUUUCUCAGCACUGUAGGAAACGAUUAGACCAUCCCUUGCUACUAGAAGUGUCUCCCUCCAUAAAUAACGUGUUUGUCCAUGCAAUGCCAACUGUGUUUGUUGAAAUGUUGAAUGAUUGUCAAUCAGUUGCUGGACCACAUAAUAUGUGUUAGAGGCUCUCAAAAAUCUUGACCAAUAAAAACACUGAGACAAAAAAUGUAUGCUGAAUAUUUACUGUGAGCACAUACAGAGGCGUUUGAAUAUUUUGUUCAAUUAUCGAACCUGUGGUCCUUCGAUCUUCUGUUUUACUUUGCAUUGCUGCAGUUUUAUUCAAUAAUCAAUGCUGCCUGCCUCUAUUGUCGCUAAAGAUUUUCUGCAUUGUGCGAUGUUGUUCUGAAAUCACUGAUUCAAGCGGUGGUGGUGAAUAACACGGUUAAACAUAUUGAUAUUUCCUGCAUUGGAUGCUCACAGCUGGGCUUGUUGUUUUGCACGCUGAAAAAGUGGAUAUUUUACAAAACGUUCAGUGGCACGGUGGAGCAGUGUUCAACAUUAUGUAUUUUUUGUACUGUAGUAUACACUGUACUUUUUACUGCUGAGCAAUAAAACAAACAAAAAACACUGA